ACACGACGCCCCACGCCCCGUACAAUGUGACAGUCCUCCCCGGUCACUUCAACGUGACCAUACGGUGGGAGCCGGCAUAUGACGGGGGCACACCCCAACAUUAUCUGCUCUGGUUCCGAGAGAGCUCCCCGAUCCCCAUGAGUUGGGUGACCAUGUCCAUCCCCAGCUCGGCCACGCGUAGUUUCAAGCUGUUCAGCCUGCAGCCGGCCACAGAGUAUGAGUUCAAGAUCCUGUCCCGGAACCAGCUGGGCAACGGCUCCUUCAGCGAUGUCGUCAUUCAGAGCACUCUGGGUCCCCAGCCGUCUGCCCCGCUCAACCUGUCUGCCAGGGUCAAGGACGGAGACAUUCUCCUCGCCUGGAUCGUCCCUCUCAGCUCGCCCGUGCCCAUCUUCUCGUACCGCAUCGAGUACUCCCUGAACGGAGGCACGGUCAUCGAGCACGCUCCACUGAUCCAGGGCGGAGACACAAGGGAGACCAGCAUGACCGGCAUGCCCAGCGGGACCUACGACAUCCGCCUCAGGUCGUACGGGGUCAUGGCGUACAGCCGAGUCAGCAAUAUUGUUCGGGUGGUCAUUGCUGAGGAUGGGGGCGGCAGUAGUCCGUCAGGAAAAGCUGGUGCCUCCUCCUCCUCUUCUGACGGCCCUAUCCUGCCCGAGGCCCUGGUGGGCGGUAUUGUGGGCGGGGUCCUGUUUCUGCUGGUCUCUGUGCUGCUGGCUCUCGUCGCCAUCUUCCACAGCCGCAGGAAGGGACGGUGUACCAAGGACAAGAAAUACAAUGACGUGAACUACGGCAAGCCGGACGAGGUUAAUGGACGACAACAUGAACCUGCGGCAAAACGGGACCGCUGGCAACAGAAUGGAGGAGGAGGAGACCUUGUGACCUCGCUAAACAACACCGACAGCAUCUUCUUCCUGCCGCAGACCCGAACCCUCGACCAAUCAUCCGACAUGCGUGCCUCGCUCUUGUCUUCUCAAGCCUGGGACCAAGGGAGGGGAGGGGGGAGGAGGGUGGAUGGGGGCGGCGGUGGUUACUUCUUCGACGACGACGAUCGCGACCUUGGUGGUCGACAGGUGCCUUUGACUAAUAAUGAGACGACAACAACGACGGCUGAUUUUGUGACCUUGACAGACGGUUCUUCUCGGCCCGGGUCAUCGGGGGUCGUCAGACUGAGAGCGCCGGGUCAUGGUCGUCGCCAUGGCAACAGCGACAGUAACGACGACGGCGAGGAUGAUUAUGUUGACGACAACAACGCCAGGAAUCUGACGUGGCCCGAGCGGUACUACGGCCCACAUGGCCAGCCCGCCGCCGCUGCCGCGACGAUGCUGUCCCGAUCGCUUCCCCUGGAUCGGAUGUACUACGAUCCUCACGGCAGAUUCCUCGACCAUGACCCUCGACGGAGCCUCUACGGCGAACAGCCGCCGGCCUUCUAUUCCCCCACGUCCCCCCCUCACCCCGGGCCCAGAGGGGGACACCACCAACUACCCCACCACCAGCACCCCCAGCAUCACCACCCCCCAUUGUUGAAGUCUCGCUCCUUCCCAUCUCACCCCUCCACAGACAACGACGACGAAGAUGAC